UAUUUGUGUAGGACACAGCUUCUUCGCUUGUCAAUCGGACGACAAGUUGGAUAUAAAAACUUUAUGCGGAACAGAAAUGGCCAAUACGAAACGGAUUCUUGUACCCAUAGACGAAAAGGAACAUUGUGUGAGAGCUUUUGACUGGUACGUAGAAAAUUAUAGACAAGAAAGACAGGAAAUUAUCUUACUUCAUGUUUACAACUCACUUGAUCAUGUCAAGCAAUACUCUAAGGACGAUUCGCAAGAUGCAUCGGAACUUCAAGUUGAUGAAAUGAAGAACAUUUUAAGGGCAGCAAAUGCGCAAGCUUCAGGCAUGCUAGAGGGAUUUGAACAAAAAUGCAAGCAUUUUCAGAUGCCGUUCAAAACCAGAAUUGAACUCGGGUCACCGGGAGAUGCCAUUUGUAAAGUAGCUAAAGAAGAAAAUAUCACCUGUAUUGUACUCGGAAAUCGUGGCCUCGGUGCUUUCCGGAGGACCAUCUUGGGAAGUGUGAGCGAUCACGUGGUUCAUCAUUCACGGGUUCCGGUUUUACUUGUCCCCCCAACGACACAUUUUUGAGGGAUCGUUCUAAGGAACUUUAUCUCGUUCUCAGAUUUAAUUCCUGCGAUUGGAAUCUACCUUAAGACCCCUCCGUUAAUUUAUGCAGAUGAAGAAAGGCUUUAAAAUAAUGUAUAUCUGAAAAAUGACGGCUUGUCAGGAAACAAAAACGAUAUGAAGGUUAGAAAAACAACAAAGCAACUGGAGAAGAAUAACAUUAACUGACAAACAUUAAACAACAAACUUGAAAAACUCAGGCUCAAAAAAAAUCUGGAAAUACUUACUCGAUCUAAGAUGGUUUAUCACCUCUCCAAUAGAAUACGAUCUUAAUUGUAUAACUAUGUACUGAGGAUGUUAAAUUGGUAGACCACAGCAACUGAAUGUUCGUCAAUCAUCAUGAACCCAAACCCAAAGAAAUUUAACGAAGACUUUAUUUAUGUCUUAGCAUCCUAACAACGAAUCCAAAAAGAGAUUAUACUUCUAAUUUCUAGAAGUUAAUUGUUGAUUAAUUGUAAUCUCAAUGGCUAAUCAACUAAGUUUCUUUGCAUCCCAUGUAAGCCAACAAUAUGUUAAAUUAUUUGUCGUUUACUCCCUGCCUUUCAUCGUCUAAGGACAUUUAAUUUUGCUAAAUACUUUUUCUUGACUCAUAAUUAUCAGAUUCCCCAUUAGCGUAGUUCCUUAAUUAAUACAAUACAGCGUAUUUCAACGAUGAAUUCUGAUAGUUUUUAUCACUCUUACUAGUUAUGUUGUCAUGUCAUAUGUCACUAAGACGAUUAUUUGGUCAAAACAUUGAAAUCAUUAAGAAUAAAUAUUAUGAAUUAGAAUUUUUUCUAGUAUCCUGAAAACAGCAUAACUCUUAA